GGAAUUAAACUUGUAUUUCUUCCAGACAUACAGCAGGACUGGCGGCAAUCGGCUUAAACGCACACCCUCGAAAUCGUACCUAAACGGUGAUCCCAUCAGCAGAGCACUCCAGACGUGAUGAGGAUUUGGGGAUGUCCAACCUAGCCAGGCGCGUACCCAAGGAGCCGGUGGGACGAAAGAACGUGUGUGCCGAGUAUUCCGGAGCACCUUGCGGGUGACAUGAUACGUAACGUUCAAUGAGUUCAAAAGAGUUUAAAUCAUGAUGAUCAUGAUGGCCCGUCAAUACGGUUCAAUGCCCGAAUGACUUUUUUAAUUGUAGAUCAGCUAUAUAUCAUUCAAUGGCACACUCGAGAUGGUUAUUUUUCACCCAUCAUGACGGACAGUGAAACCUGGACCCCGCGCUGCUCUAUUGAGGAGGCCGAUAGAAUACUCACAACACCAGGAAACUUGCUCGAAAUUGAAACUCGCAUCAUUGACGGAAGGGUCUUGAAAGUCUGGAAGAAUCUCUGGCCAUCCCUACGGCACCUCUUUUUGCAUUCGACUAAAGAGCACGCCGACAAAACUUGUAUUGUAUAUGAGAAAGAGCGUUACACCUUCCGAGAUAUAUUGGAUAAGGCGGUCAAAUGCGCAGCCAUCUUCAAGGAUUUGUACGGCAUUAAGAAAGGUGAUCGAGUAGUCAUCUGCUCUCACAAUUGUCCAAAUUACUUGGUUGUAUUUUGGGCUUGCCAUCUUCUGGGCGCUGUUACCGCCUUUGUGAACAUAUCGUUGCCAUUGGAGCCGCUCCGACACUGUGUCACGCUCACAAAAUGUGCGCUGAUCGUCCUCGACACCGAGCGAGCCGACGGGAUCGAAUCGAUCGGUGCUGACCUUAUGCUCGCAUCCGGUGCGUCAGGAUAUCUCGUACUCGAGGAUCACGAGGGAAAAGGCUACUGGGAAGGCAUGGAUAUUUGGAGCACGGUCUUCGCCGGAUAUCGAGCUCCCAAAGAAAUUGACGAUCCUCAAAUCUCACCUGAAGAUGAUGCAACAAUAACUUUUACGUCGGGCACUACUGGCUUACCCAAGGGUGUAUUGAGCUCACAACGCGCGUUCUUGACUCCUCUCUUCGAUUUGAUUUCGUUGGCAGGGAGAGACUGUGUUCGACGAGGGCUGCUGUCGCAGACUCCUCUAAUCCUCUCAGCUGUGACGUGCGCUCUUCAAGGACACAAGGUUGUUCUAACACGCACAUGGAAUAUACAUGAAGUUGUAGAACUCUGUCAAGCAGAAAAUAUCAUUCGGCUCGGCGGGCCGCCCUCAAUCAUUAGAGUGCUCGCUGAGAGUGCGAUAUCUAGAACUUCGAUAAAACAUAUUCUAUGCGGAGGUGCUCCACUCGCAGCGUCUCACCUUCGGAGGUUUAAACAAGCAUUUCCUCGUGCCACAUUUGUACAACUAUAUGGUCUGACUGAGAUGAAUGCUGCCGCAGCAGGCUUCGCCGGAUCGGAUUAUGAUGCAAAGCCAGAUAGCUGUGGUUGGGUGUUUCCUGUCGGUGAGGUUAUGAUAAUGAAAGAUGAUGUCAAAGCCGCACCUGGAGUCCUGGGAGAGAUUUGGCUUCGCGGUCCAAAUGUGAUGAAAGGAUAUUAUGGCGAUAAAGCUGCUACUGAUAAGGUCCUUACUAAAGAUGGAUGGCUGAUGACCGGUGAUCUUGGACGGAUGGAUGAAGACGGAUGUGUUUAUAUCACGGACAGGAUCAAGGAUAUCGUCAUCAGGGAUGGUUAUAGCGUUGAUUCCGUUUUUGUCGAGAACACCCUGUACACCGAACCGGGUGUAUUGGAAACGGCGGUAGUCGGUGUACCUGACGAGCACGCCGGGGAGUUGCCUGUAGCGUUGGUUACCCUCAGACCUGCAUAUAACGGAUUGAUCGAUGAGGAGAAACUCAUAGCGACUGCGAAGAAAUUGUUACCCUCAUAUGCGAUUCCGGUGAUGAUUAUUCUGCAUGAUCGCAAUUUCGGUGAGUAUCUUAUUGCGUAACCGAAGACGUUUUGAAUGAGAAUUGGCACAGAUCACACAAACUCUGGGAAGAUUAUCAAAGCACCAUUGCGGGGUAUAGCCCAGAGGGAGUGGGCAAGGAGGACACAGGAAAAGUAGAGGCGAAGCUUAUUGUCGCUUUGGUCCUCAUCUUUCCAAAAA